AUUUUUAAUAUUUUUUAUUAUCAUUUGAGUCAAAGUUCAAGAAUUUCUUCGUACGAAUACGCGAGUAAUUUAAAUUUUUAAUGCAAUUUUCGUUUUAAUUUGUGCAAUCGCGAUUUAAAGGUAUCAAUAAAUAGUUCUACAUAACAGUUGAACGUUUCCGCGAUCAAUUCGUAGUUGAAUUUCGAUAUUGUUCUUAUUACUAGUGAUAUUUGAUACUCGUAAUCAUAACAAUUAGUCUACUUUCGUGACGUAGUUCAACUCUCGGUGUGAUAUUCUGAUGAUAAUUUCCAAUUCCAAGUAAAAUAUUUCUCGUUCAUGUACUCUUCAUGAUUGGCGUUUCUUCGAGUUACAAAAACGACAGUAAUAUCAAGGUAAAGAUAAAGAAUAUGAAAAGACGCGAACGCAGUUCUAGCCGAGACAGCUCUCGGUAUCGCAGGAAGCGAAAUCGUUCCAGAUAUGACGACAGCUCGGACGAACGUACUUCACCGGAUAGAAUUCGACGCCAUAGCCGGGUUCGAUCUCCUGCUAGUCCCCAUUCUCGAUACGGCUACGAAAAAGGUGCGCGAGAAGAACACGGUGCUUCUAGAGACGGUGAAAAACCUCACGCGUCGUACAAAGUACUAUGUGUUAGCGCCCUGCAUACCAAAGCCAGCGACGACGUUAUAAAGGACGCCUUGUACAACGAGUAUAAGAAAUUCGGCGACUUGAGCGUACGUAUUUCGCACGAUUUAGACGAACGAGUAGCUUACGUAUGUUUUCGCAAUAGCGAAGAUGCUAAAGAAGCCAAACACGCUAAACCUCGGGUCAUUAUUUACGAUAAAGUGGCUUUAGUCGAACCAGUUUACGAAAGCCGAAGCUCGGUCGAACGUCAUAGACAUCGUAGUCGUCCCAGAUCGCGGAGCUAUUCGCCCGAAUACGACAGGUAUUAUCGCCGAUCACCUAUACCGGAUCCGUACCGAGCGGAUAGAUUCUACGAUCGGUUACCUUACGCUCCGCUACCGAUGAUACGAGAUUUCCGGCGCGAUUUACCGCCCGUACCGCAUCCUGAAUUUCUGCCGAGACCGCCUCUUCAUCCUGCUCUUCCGGUUCCGCCUCAUUUGCCGCCGGCUCCUCAUCUAUAUGUGCCCGGACCGCGUCCGUUUAUGCCGUUCAAACCGCCUCACGCUCAUUUCAUGGAUAAGCUCGAGAAAAAAGAUAAGUUUCCCAACUAUCUUCAACAUAUACCGCCGGAAGACGAUCCGUUGGCUACGCGUACUCUGUUUGCUGGUAAUUUAGAGCUGAGUAUAUCGGAAGAAGAGCUCAGGCGUAUAUUUAAUCGAUACGGUGUCGUCGAAGAUAUAGAUAUCAAAAGACCAAUGCCUGGUACCGGUAACGCUUACGCUUUCGUCCGGUAUAAGAAUUUAGACAUGGCUCAUCGCGCCAAAGUUGAACUUUCCGGUCAAUACAUUGGUAAAUUCCAGUGUAAAAUCGGUUACGGAAAAGCCACGCCUACUACUAGAAUCUGGGUCGGCGGCUUAGGCCCUUGGACGUCGACUACUCAACUCGAAAGAGAAUUCGAUAGAUUCGGAGCGAUUAAGAAAAUCGACUACGAUAAAAACGAAAACAGCGCCUAUAUUUUAUACGAUUCGAUCGACGCAGCCACCGCAGCUGUGAAAGAAAUGCGCGGAUUCCCUCUAGGUGGCAGCGAACACAAGCUCAGAGUAGAUUUCGCCGAUAUCGGAUCUCGCCAGCCGAGAGCUCCACCUCCGCCCGCUUCUUCGUACGAUGAUGUCGCCAUCGGUGCCGGAGAUUAUAACAGAAUCGGAUCCUCCGGUGCCGAUGUACCUGCGUACGAGCCUUACGAACCUUUAUGGAAUACCGAUUACGAAUACGACAGCAGGCCGCCUGGUAUUCCACCCGGUGUCACGUUAUGGAGCGAACGAGGUAAAAACGACAAAGACUCGUACGGCAGUCGCACCCUCAGCAGUCCGAACGACUACCCGAAGGAAGACGAUUGGGCCAAAGAAGCCGCAGAUCGAGAUUACGAUGGUCAUAAAUAUAAACGAGUACGUUCAUCUUGCAAUAACAGCGAAAGCGACUCCGAUAACCGUUUCAACGGAGCUCUGGCCACGGCUACGUCUUUGGCUGAUAUCACACGUUGCACUACUAACGCUUGGCAAGGAGCGCUGAUCCUUAAAAGCUCGCUGUUCCCGGCCAAGUUCCAUAUCACCGAUGGCGACGGUAACAUAAUCAACGUUCUGAUGAAAAGUGACGAAAGCAAACACCUGCUGAGAAUUUCGCAAAGAUUACGCUUAGAUACGGCUAAAUUGGAAGACGUUUCGAAGCGUAUCGUUUCAUCUCCUGGUUACGGGAUUUUUGUCGGACUACCCGGCCCUUCGUCUAGUAUAUUUUUCGACGAAACUACCGCUCAAUGCAGACCGCUGAGAAAUCUCAUCUCGUAUUUGAAGCAGAAAGAAGCCGCCGGUGUGAUAUCUUUGUUCAAUAAAGAUACCGAAGCCAAGGGAGUACUGUACGCUUUUCCGCCCUGUCAGUUCGCGGCCGAUUUGCUCAAACGUACCGCCCACGCGAUGUCAGCCGAAAGUAUGAAGGAAGAUCACCUUAUGAUCGUCGUCGUGAAAAAUGACGCCGCCGCGUAGAUCGGCUCCAAUUUGUGCUGUGUACUUCGCGUGGUCUACAUAUUUUUCUUACAGUAGUAAUGUGAUUGAUUUUUUAUCAUCCGAAGAAUUGUGCCCGCGCCGCGCGAUUGCGAUUAACUUAACCGGUUUCGUUUUGAUAUUUUUGUGAUGCUCGUGGUGGACUGUACAUACUUGUAGUACCGCAAAUCUAGAACUACAUCGCGGACGGAUUUAUAAUUUGUAUCUUAUUUUCAUGUUAAAAUAAGAAUCGUGAUUUUUUUUUUCAUGUAAUAGUAUUACGGGGUGAAAGUGUUUAAUUUAUUGAAUACUAUACAAAGACAGUGUGUGUUUGUGUGACGUUUGUUUAAAAUGCAUCUUAUAUAAUUUUUUUUAUUUGUGUAAUUUCGCGAUGGUUUAAUCUAGUUUUGAUUCAUUUUAUUUUUCUUAACAAACUUAUAGUUUUUUUUUGUUUCGAAAAAAAUGCAAUAAAACGGGUAUUUUUAUUUACUUACUCGUAAUUUUAUUUUACUUAUUUAUUUUUUUUUCAUAUUUUCGAAGCCGAUGCUUUUACUUUUGUGAUUACUCAUUUCGCAAGUAUGAUAUUUAUUACGAAGACGUAUUGUAAAUUGUGGACAGUUCGUAUAAUGGUUUAAACUUUUUUUGUUUUACGCGGAUUGGUUUGUGAAUUUUUUUUGAUUUUUUUAAAAAAGGAGUUUUAUUCGAUAGUAUUUUUUAACGUGUAAGUAAUGUUUAACGAAGUGAGAAAUACGAGAACGUAGUGUGUAUUUAUAUGUAUUCUAAUAUUUAUAGUGGCGUUUUAUCAAAGUGCUUAUAUUGAACAAUAAUAUACGUUAUGAGUUUU